AUGACUGAGAAAGCAGCUUAUGUUGUAAUAGUUGCAGCCAGAAAGUUAAGUCCAUACUUUGAUGCUCAUCAAAAAGGAAUAAAAGGGAAAGCAUUGGCUGAUAUUUUUGCAGAGUGGACAUCCCAAGAUGAAAGUCAGGAGCCAAUUUGGCAGCCGUUAGCUGAUGGGUCAUCCAGACUCAUAGGUGCAGGGGUUGGAUUGGUGCUGAUAACACCAGAGGAUAAAAGCAUAGAAUACGCUUUGAAGAUCCAAUUCAAGGCCACAAAUAAUGAAGCAGAAUACGAGGCGGUUAUUACUAGGUUACAGUUGUGCAAAGCUUUGGAAGCAAAAAGAAUCAAAUUUGAAGCCGUUCAUGUUGAAAGGCUACCCAAAUCCCAGAAUGAGCAAGCAAAUGCAUUAUCUAAGCUGGGGAGUUCGAGUCUGCAUGAUUUGACAAGAUCAGUCCUAGUAGAGGUAAAGCCUUUAAGAGUCAUUCAUGAAAAUACUACAUUUGUGUUUAAUAUGGGCAGUAAAGAUAUGCCAGAUUGGAUGAGAGCCAUUGUUCAAUACAAAGAAACAGGAGUCCUCCUAAUAGACUCAAUGCUUGCUAGAAAGUUGAAGUUAAAAUCAUUGCAAUUUUGCAUGGUAGACGGAGAGUUAUACAAGAAGGCCAAAAAUGGACCAUUAUUAAAAUGUGUAACGCCCUCUGAGGCUGAUUACAUUUUAAGAAAAGUCCAUGAGGGAUAUUGCGUCCAUCAUCUGGGAGCAAGGGCCUUGGCACAUAAGGCUAUCAGAAUUGGACCAUUUGCAGCAGCGACCAAAAAGUUCCUGAUUAUGGCAGUUGAUUACUUCGCGAAAUGGGUAGAAGCAGAACCACUUGCAACAAUCAUAUCCAGAAAAGUAGAAAAGUUCAUUAGAGGAUUUCAAAUUGGAGUGGCAUACUCAUCAAUAUGCAAUCUACAAUGCAAUGGUCAAGCUGAAGCUGCAAAUAAGCAAAUCUUAAACAGCUUGCUGAAAAAAUUGGAUGAGGCAAAAGCCAGAUGGGUAUAUGAAAUCUAUAAUGUCCUCUUGUCAUUAAGAACCACAGUGAAAGAGGCAACAAGUCAAACACCAUUCAUAUUUGUUUUUGGUUCAGAAGCAUUGCUGCCUGUUAAAAUUAGGGUGCAAACCAUAAGAGUCAAACAUUGGAAUCAAGAAGAAAAUCAAGAAUCUAGGCUUCUGGAUUUGGAAUUAAUUGAUGAAGUAAGAGAGAAUGCAACAUGA